AUGAGCUGGCUGAGCGAGCUGUGCAGUCCGCACUCGAGGUGGAAGCUGGUGGAGAACAGGUCGGCUGCUAGUCAGGAUCAAGGACACAGCGAACUUAGAAGACCCGAAGAAUGCGUUAAAGCCGUCCAAAUAUUUUGCGAGGAUAGAGAAAUACUCCAGAUGUUUUGGAAGAACGAAUCAAAGUGUAGUUUAGUUCUUACUAAAAAUACAAGAAUUCGCAGAAAUUGUGUUGAAGCUAAAUGGCGUGGUGAUUGGUAUCCCGCUGAAAUUCUUCAGUCAAGCGAUAACAAAACUGAUUUGCUAAAAAUAAACGUGAUGGCAGACGGUUCGAUUAGUGAUUGCGGCCGUGUAAAAAGUAAAUAAAUAUAUUCUUUACGCAAUUAGAAUUUGUUGUACACGUAUGCGUGUACAAACAUUCGCCCGCGAUAAGUUAGUACAGAAAGGAGGCCUUUCUCUAUAUCAUUCUCGUUCUCUCUUUCUCUCUCUCCCUCGCUCUCUCUUUUUCUUUCUCUCUUGCUCUCUCUCUUUUUCACUGGCCUGCGUAGAUUAAGGUUCUUUAAAUAUCAACAACAUUUACUUCGUAUUGUAAUUUCUUUAUGAUUUUCUUAUAACAGAUAACAAAAAAGAUUUUUCGAAAUAAGAGUUAAUACGAGAUAUUUCAGUCACUGAUUGCCGCCCUGUUGAAAGUAAAGGAAUAUUUGUUUUAAGAAAUCGAAAUUCAUUUUUACGUUUAAUACAUAUUUUAGUUCAAUUUAUUUGUUUUAUCACAAUUUCGUAAUGAAGUAGUGCAAUUCAAAUACUUAACAUAAUCGUAAGUUUCUUUGUGUACUGCAUCUCGUAUUUUUAUAUGUAUUAUAGGUUCGCUCAGCAGUGAUUCCGAAAAAUCCAGAGAAUCUGCUGCAAGUACGAUAAGUAUAUCUAAUUUGGGUAAGUAGUGACUUCCAUAAUAUGAUUUCCUUUGUCAUUAGCCAA